AUUGUACAGUAAAUAACGCAGCCGCAGUGGUGGGAAGGACGCUGGAGGAGAAGAAAUUAGCACACUGUAGAAGUCUCCGUCGUAGUUGUGAGUGGAUACAAAAUUACAGCGCAAUUGAUUUACCUUUUACCAGGGGCGAGAAUGGCGACGCUGGGACUAGACUCCCGUCUCCAUUCCCAACUCCCCUCCGGAUCUGUUCAAAGUAACAUCAGCAGUUUGGGGUCCCAGAAUACUGUCCCUCUGAAUCGUGCGCUUGAACGGGCUCUGGAAGAGGCUGCGAACUCAGGUUUUUUAAACCUCAGCGCCAGAAAAUUGAAAGAUUUUCCAAGAACUGCCUUGACCCACGAUUUGACGGACACGGUGGAAGCAGACUUGUCCAAGAACCGCUUGACAGAUGUUCCCUCUGAAGUGUGUCACCUUGUCUCCUUGGAAACGCUGAACCUCUAUCAUAAUUGUAUUAGAAGUAUUCCUGACUCUAUCAUCAGCCUGCAGACUCUCACCUCUUUAAACCUAAGUCGUAACCAGCUCUCUGUUCUGCCCGCCUGUCUCUGUGGGCUGCCCCUGCGUGUGCUCAACGCCAGCAACAACAAACUGCUCUGCCUUCCAGAGGCCAUCGGCCAGCUCAGGAGCCUGAUGGAGCUGGACAUUAGCUGCAAUGAGAUCACCGCUCUGCCUCAGCACAUCGGUCACCUGAAGGCCCUGAGGGAGCUCAAUGUUAGGAGGAACUUCCUGUGUGUGCUUCCGGAAGGCCUGGCAGAGCUGCCCCUGGUGAAGCUGGACGUGUCCUGUAACAAGGUGUCCACCGUGCCCACCUGCUUCAGGAAGAUGGUUCACCUGCAGUCUCUGCGGCUGGAGAACAACCCCCUGCAGAGCCCACCUGCACAGAUCUGCAUGAAGGGCAGGGUGCACAUAUUUAAAUACCUGACUAUGGAGGAGUGCCGCAGUGACAAGAUGGCCGACACCCUCUACCUUCCCGUGAUAGACAGACUCAGCCUGUCGCAUCCGGCCACUGGCAGCACCGAGGACAUCGACCAGAAUAAGAAACAGGAAACUGACUCGGGCGUCGGCAGCGACAAUGGGGACAAGAGGCUAUCGGCCACAGAGCCCUCAGAUGAGGACAGUCUGAGUCUGAAUGUCCCCAUGUCCCACAUCACCGAGGAGGAGGGCCUGAUCAAGGACGACUCCAGCGAGCACAUCUCUGCCCUGACAGCUGAUUCCCCUCAGGGCUCUGUGAAGCCGAUAGGCAGCAAUAUCUCAGAGCCACUGGAGGAUCAAUUUGGGUCCAGAGAUUCAGGGCUGAGCACACAGUUCGUCGGCUACAUCAAGGGCCGAGCCACAGACUUUGACGAGCCCCUUAGGAUAGAGGAGGACGUCAGCUGGUCAGUUCAACCGUCAAAGGUCAGUGAGGGCACAGAGAUCCACAUUGACAUGAUCAACCAACUCAAAGAGACAGUGGAGCUGCUGCAGGACCCAGAAAGAGUGAAAACGGACCCUACGGAUCUUUCCGGAGUGCAGUUGUACCCGGUGGAGAUGGUUAUGGUGGAGGAGUCCUUCAAUGGCCAGGACUGUGAGGGUGAACAGACCACACCGAAGAGUGAAACUUCUGAUGGAAGCCUUGAGUUCCAGAAGAAGAGGGAGCUGAUUCUAGAGAGGGCCAGGCUUGAGGCCCAGCUUGCUUGCCUGCAGUUUGACAGAGAAGUACCACCCCAGAGUGACGUGAUUGGCCAGGGAGCCCAGUCUGAGGACCAAGAUGAUGGGGGGGAAGAUGAGGGUUCCACCGUGUCAUCCACUCUGAGCUCCCCUCCCUUUGGCUUGAAACCACGGUCAGCCCCCACCUCGCUGGCUUGCUCGCCCCCACCUUGUCUCCGCCCCCUCACACAGGCCACUCCUGCUGAUAGAGACUCCCUCAGUAGCCCAGAUGAAGGAGGCAUGCAGAGCAGUGGAGGUACUCCUCUGCAUCCCUCUCAUCUGCAUCCCAGAUUCACUGAGAGAGAGAGUGCGGUCUUUCUGCGGACCUCCAAGAGCCUGGAGUCCAUGGACCCCCAGUUUACCAUGCGCCGCAAGAUGGAGCAACUGAGGGAGGAGCUGGAGCUGAUGGAGCAGCUGAGAGAGAACAUUGAAAGCAGGCUGAAGGUGCCAUUACCUGAGGACCUGGGCUCCUCUCUGAUGGACGGGGUGGUGCUCUGCCACCUGGUGAACCACAUCCGCCCUCGGUCUGUCAAUAGCAUCCACGUGCCCUCGCCUGCUGUGCCCAAGCUGAGUAUGGCCAAGUGUCGGAGGAACGUGGAGAACUUCCUGGACGCCUGCAGGAAGUUGGGCGUCUCAGAGUCCUUGCUCUGCUCUGCGUAUGACAUUCUGCAGUCGGACCUGCGGCCCGUGCGGAACACCGUCCUCGCCCUGGUGGCGCUCGAGCCCGACAAAGAGGGCGUGGCCAAAAGUGUGGGUGGGGCCGAGGGCCAGGCUGCGGGUGUGGUGGCUGAGGGUGAAGUUGUGGGUCUGGCUGAGGGCGUGGCCAAGGCAGAGGUUGUCAGCGAUAAGCCCGCCUCCCGGGCCCCGUCCCCUUCCUGGUGCUUCUGGGAGCUGAUUGGCUCAAGCAUCGUGCACCUUUUCUGUCUGGCUCUGCUGUUCGCUGCGUACAGCUGGAGUGAGCUGACAUAAUGCAGUUGCCCCACCCCAAACCCUGCCUCAGUCCCGCCUCACCUGGUCUUCCUCUCCACUGCCUCCUACUGAGCACCCUGCCACUGACCCCUUUCACCUGUUCCAGCCCCCUCUCAGAGGCAGAGGCCCACCCCUGACAAGCAUAUAACAUCCCCACAACGAUGCUGCUGUGAAUGUACAGCAACGUUGCAUGGAUGUUGUGAGUUAGCUGGGGAGAGAUGGUACUGUACAACACACAGUCACACACUCAUAUGCGUAGCUGCCCAGUUCAUACACGGUGAUUCCAUGGGUCAUGCUGCAGUAUAUUCCUGUGGAUGAUUCACACUAUGCAGGUACUCUUUGAGUCCUUUUGCUAUUUGUAACAUCUGUAAUGGUCAGCCCUCACUGUGUACAGGUAAGAAACAAACCUAAGCGCCCAGGUCAGCACUGUAUAAAAUUUAAAAGAAAACACAACCCAAAUUAUGUUAUAUUAUGACAGUUCUGACAAAAAAAGCAAUAGCGCUACACUGAAUAGGACUUUGUUUUCAAUACAUAUGAAUGUGAUGCUCUGGGCAGAUUAGUCCUUCAGUCACAAGGCACGGAGCAAUAGCGUGUCUGCUGUCUGAACAAGCACAGUGCGCAUUGGGCACCGUCAGCCUUGCAGAUUAUAACAAUCAGAAUGUAAUCAUGACCAUAAUUUACAAUCAGAACAUAAUCAUGAACAUAAUCAACAGCAAUCAGAACAUAAUCUCGAACACAAUCAACAACAAUCGGAACAUAGUCAUGGACAGAAUCAACAACAAUCAGAACAUAGUCAUACAAAAUCAACAACAAUCAGAAUAUAGUCAUGAACAUAAUCAAUAGCAGUUGGAACAUAAGUGGUCAUGGCAGGUCAUUUUCUUUAAAAUUUGAGUAUCUAGCACUGCAUCAAGCAUGCACUUGAACACCCUAGGAUCUCUGCCUCUAUUACAUGACAUGGCAAGCUAUUCCACACAUUGACAACUAUCUGUAUAAAGAAAUAAUUCCUGAUAUUCAUUGAUUAUCUGAUAUUCACACAUUCAAUGUCCUCCUCAUAUCUCUUUAACAUUACUGAUGAAGUUCAUUGACAGGCUACCCAGCUCUGCAGCAGUAGUUUGGUAUCUUUUCUUAGCCUGUUGCAAGGAUAUUUCACAGACGCUUUUUCACUGAUUCAGUUGUAGAUCUGUAGAGCUGGACUAAUGCUGAUGUCUUAUUCUUUCAUUUACUGUGUGUGUAAGCACAUUGGUGUGGUUCAGGAAAACACUUUUUGAUGUUCAUGAAUGCACAGUAAGACUCAUGCGGUGAUCUUGGAGUUGUUCCACUCCCAGUCCACCUUAUAAAAUACAGUUGGACAAAGCUGAUGAUACAUUUAAAAAGUAGCCCACUCCCUGUCAGAUGGAGUCUCUUAUUAGCGGGGUUCCGGAACACUGAUGUCCAUGAGAUUCUGUGAAUACUAGAUGGUCAGUUCCAUAUUCUCAGUGAUUUUUGUCUCUACGUACUGAAGAUGAAAUGUUCCAAUUUGGUACAUCUUAUGAAUAUUAAUCAAGGGAGAAUGCUAAUUAAUAUUUAUAAGCUGUAUAAAAGCAUAAAAAAUGUGUUAUCCGCUGGAUCCUCCAAGACUAAGCAGGUAAAGAAGACAGAUGGAACACAAGAUCUGACAAUGUGGAUAGAAUAGAGAAUCCUCUGUUCUGCUGUAGCCCCAAAGCCCUGCACACAGGUCUCCAUGCCUUGUUCAUAAUAAAUGUUUCUAUAUUAUAUAACCUACAUUUUUCAUCUCUAGGAAAUAGUUGAGUGAACUUGCUUUAAUUGUAUUAAUAUUCUGUAAAUAUGUUUUUUUUGUUGUUCUUUGUACAUAAUUGUUUUGAAAAAUAAUAAAUAAGAAAACCUCACAGACUUUUGAGACUCAAUUGAAGGCCUUAAAUAUUCUGACCGUACAGUAUGCACUCCUCUGCAGCACAGUGACAUUUAGGUUAUUCUGGCGCUGUAAUGAUGGUCAAAUGGACUCAGAAAACAUCCUCUAGUAGCCCACCAACAAAGCCGCCAGUCGGUCUCCAGUGUUACGCAGAUGGCCACUGCAGUGGUCCAUUGGCACAGCUGAGAUGAGGCAGUGGGCAUGAGGACCAGCUGUUAAAAGAAGGCAGAAUAGUUGUAAAAUGUUCCUGUAGCUAGCGAUUUUGCAGAACGCUGGUGGUUCGACAGCUGGCUCUGAUGCCUUUCCAACAGAGAAAUGACUUCCCCUGCCAUGCAAUGCCCAAUUAAUUCAUCAGUAACUAAUUCAUUUAAAGAAUGUAUUCCUUGUUUUGUGGGAAAUAUGAAGACGUCUAGCUGCUGAUAACUCCUCAUGCAAUAAGAUUCUUAAGCAUUGUACCAUAAUUGGUUGUUGGAUUCCUCUCUUAAUUUGUACAGUAGUUAGAUGUUCCACUGUUGCCAUGACUACCUGAAAGUUGUACUGCUAUUGUUAUCGGUUCUCUUUCCUCAUGAGUGAUUUCACCUGUAUGAUAUUGAUUCCAAUGUUUUUUUUGUGGCGCUGGUCAUUUUUAUGAAUUGUAUAGCUGGCAUUGUAUAUUGCACAGCGAAUAAAUGUAUGAUUUGGGUUAUUUUA